AUGUCGACAGAAUCCUUUUUCCCAUUCAAUCAAGAUCAUCCAAAAUUUCCCGCGGCAUUAUGCAUCCUCCAGAAUAGCUUCAAGGCAAGAGAUGAAAGAGAUAAGGAUAUUCUUAUUGAGCAAGUUAACAACGUCAGCUACGUUGGCAUGUUCGAAAACGGGUGUUGCAAAGCUUUCUCUGGGACUUUUCGGGGCUCAUCCAAGGACUUCUGCCUAAUCGAAAAUAUGAAUCCGGAUAUCCUUACAGAGUUCUUUUUCGAUAUUAAACACAGCAUUAAUCCUUCACAGCAUGCAGACAUUACACCUGCGGUGAAAGGUGUACGAGAUAUGCGCAAGCUCUUCUUUAUUAGCUGUAACUAUCUUGACCCAGAGCAUGUUAUUGUUCGCACAUAUUCCAAGUUAAGAGAUUUUGAUUGGAAUGACCAGGUGCAGAUCAAUAAUCUCAAUCUCUUCCGUCAGGCAGCCAUCACUGAGGCCUGUGGUGUCACUGCUUUUGAAGAAGAUGGUACCAUUCUCAAGCCACGGUGGAUGAAAUCUAUGGUCGGAGAAGGAACUGGCGCGCAAAAGUCAAGAAAGCGGAAGGCGACUUCUAUUGAAGGACCUUCGAAUGGCAAAAUACAGAAAGAUCCAAGCCUCCCGACUCAAAUGGGAAGUCAAGCUCUGACUCCGAAUCUUGUUCAGUCGCCUGCACAAACCUUGCGACCACGGCCGGCUGCACACGUUUUCCAGUUCCGACCUACUGCACCACAGUUUCAGCCUACUCUACCAACAUACAGGACUAUUGGUAUGCAACAUCAAGCUUCAGGAGCACCAAUAGCAUUUCCUGCACGAAAUCAAGAACAAAGAAUGCAAGGUUUAUGGCGUGACAUGCAUACUGGUCGGCCUGUGCCUAGCCCAGGAUAUAUGUCCCCUCAACUUAGUCAAAGUGACAGCCAUGUUGCCUUUCCUCAGAAUAAUCAACAAUCUAGAAUGAACCAGUUUCAAGGCCAAGGAUUUGGAAUGAAUCAACAAGGUCCACAAGGUUAUAAUCCACUUCCAAACCAAGGAUUUGGAAUGCCACAUCAGAGAGCUCAAGCGAAUUAUGGAUCUUCGCUUUACUAUCCAACACAGAACUAUUUCCCGUCCCAGACUCAAGGACUUGGGAUGGUUCAGCAGCAACAUGUUCAGCAAGGAUAUAACCCAUCACAAAAUUAUGGGAAUGUACCUCAAUAUCUGUCAGCGCAAGGGCACUUCCCGCUCCAGCCCCAAGGAUACGGAAUGCAUCAGCAACCUGCUCAACAGGGGCUUUCCCAGCCUCAAAAUCAAGAUUAUGGAAUGCACCAUCAACCGACUCAACUAGGAUCCAUUCAAUCCAUGAGCCAAAGUUAUGGAAUGAAUCAACAGAUUCCACAAAGCCACAAUCAGAUGCACAAUCAGCAAAGCUACAACCAGAGAACAUUCUCUGAUACACAGCAAACACCCAGCCAAUAUAGCAUGGGCACUAUUGCCGGCACUGAUUACGGACAAGUUCCUAAUCAAAUGACUACCUCCAUGAAUGCGAAUUCACAUUGGCAGAAUUCUAGAACUGCGGCUGGAGGGGCUGCUCAACUAGCUUCCGUGUCUCCACAAGAUUUGGCGGCCGUGUUCGCUGGUACUGAUAUGACGCUUGAAGAAUUUCUGAACAUGGAAACAUGA